AAUCGUUAAUUUGAUAUGUUUUAGAAAGUAUAAACCUUUAAAAUGGUGAAAGAAACGAAAUUAUACGAUUUGCUGGGUGUUGCGCCGUCUGCCGACGAUAGUUCCUUGAAAAAAGCUUAUAGAAAACUUGCGAUGAAAUAUCACCCUGACAAGAAUCCUAAUGCUGGAGACAAAUUCAAGGAAAUAUCAUUCGCUUAUGAGGUGCUUUCUAACCCAGACAAAAGAAAGAUCUACGACCAAGGCGGUGAACAAGCAAUCAAAGAAGGCGGUAGCGGCGGUGGAGGUGGAUUCCACUCACCCAUGGACAUCUUCGACAUGUUCUUCGGCGGCGGCGAUCCUUUUGGUCGCGGCGGUGGGCGGCAGCGUGGACCUCGUCGUACAAAGAAUCUUGUACACCAGCUUAGUGUAACUCUGGAGGAUAUGUACAACGGAACUGUACGUAAGCUGGCGCUCCAGAAAAACGUAAUUUGUGAUUCUUGUGAAGGUGUUGGUGGUAAACCUGGAUGUUUCCAGAAGUGUGGGAACUGCCGAGGCUCCGGAAUGCAGAUCCGUAUUCAGCAGAUUGGGCCUGGUAUGAUGCAGCAGAUACAAUCCAUGUGCCAGGAGUGUCACGGAGAGGGAGAAUCAGUUGACCCCAAGCUACGUUGUAAGAAAUGUAACGGGAAGAAGGUGAACAGGGAGAGGAAAAUACUAGAGGUGAAUGUAGAUAAAGGAAUGGAAGAUGGACAGAAGAUCACCUUCUCAGAAGAAGGAGAUCAGGAACCAUGGAUAUUUGAUCCAAGGGAUCUAAUAAUGAAAAUGAAUAAAUGAAUGAUUAUCUAGGUGUUCAAGAGGAGUGGAAUGGAUCUAAUUAUGAAGAUGGAUAUAAGUUUGACAGAUUCACUCUGCGGGAUGAAGAAAACAGUCCAAACCCUGGAUGAUAGAACUCUAGUUCUUCAGACUAUUCCAGGUGAAGUGAUCAAGACCGGAGAUUUCAAAGCAGUCCAGGGCGAGGGUAUGCCACAGUACAGGAAUCCAUUUGAGAAGGGACGUCUUAUCAUCUCAUUCAACGUUGUGUUCCCAGACUCCUUGUCUCCGGAGAUAUCGGAGCAGCUGGCCAAAAUCCUUCCUCCCAGUGAAGAAGCUAUUAUCCCGGAUGAUCAUGACGAAGUUGACCUUCAAGAUUUCGACCCUAAGAAUGACCGACAGAGUGCACAGAGGCAACAGUAUGACGAGGACGAGAUGCAACACGGUGCUCACGGUCCAGGGGUUUCUUGUGCUACUCAGUAGGUUAUUCAGGAUGUAGGUAUCUACCUGACCUACUCAGUGGGUCAGAGAGUAAAUACUGAGUACCUACCUAACCGACUCAGUGGGUCAUAGAGUACAUACUUGAGUUCCAACUCAUCCUUCUCAAUGGGUCAUAGAGUACAAACCAAUCCUACUCAGUGAGUCACAGAGUGUAUACUUGAAUACCUACUUAUUCUACUAAGUAGGCCAAAGAGUACAUACCAACUCAUCCUUCUCGUGGGUUAUAAUACUCGAGUACCUACCUAUCCUACUAAGUGGGUCAAAGAGUAAAUACUUGAGUAACUACCUAACCUACUUGUAGGAUAGUAAGGAAAUAGGCACCAUCCUACUCAGUGACUAAAGAGUACUUGUGAACCUUACUUAGAGUGGGUGAUGUAGUACCUACCCUUUUAUCCUACCUAGUUCAUUGAAAAAUAUCAAAUGGAAUUGUUUCUACUGAGUUUUACUAAACUUUAAGCUGGCAGCAUUUCACGUUUUUAUUCUAUUAAUGUCUAUAUGAUCCAUGUUUUGUUAAUAUGAUUUAUAAAACUUACACCCCCCCCUUGUGGUUUAAAAAAAAAUAUCUUCUUUCUUUCCAACUUGCCUUUGAUUACCCCCUCCCCGGUAUCUUAAGGUUUUAGCUAUGUAAUAUAAAAAACAUCAGUAGACUCGGGCCCUAAACAACAGAAAACGCAUUUUUGGUAAAUUUUUUAGUUAGUUUUGCACUGCUGAUUUUCUUAUUAACUGAUUACUAUAAAUAUGUUAUCGUAUUCAUAUGAAAUAAAGUUAGCAAGGCGUA